GUGUGCCGGUUUCAAUGCUGCUACCCGGCACGGUGGAAAGGCCUGGGAGAUCCCCAAUGUCCAAAUGUGAUAGGGAGUUAGUCCGCUCCCCAUAACUGGUUUAACUGGUUCUCCCAUGCAGAACGCCACCAGUCAAUUGAAUUCUGUCUGGGUGGAAUCGACCAAUAAAUUUGGGGAGGAACCAAAACAAAUCGAAAGGCAUCAGGAGGGGAUAGUCAGUCUUCUACUCUGUACACCUAAUAGAAUCUCCGUUAAGACUUCGUUAGCAGGGCAAUUCGGUGUAUUCCCGCUGAAUCAUGGCAAUGUGCAAAGCAAAUGGAUGCAGCCGGCCGUUGACUGUGUUCGGAUGGAUCUAAGACCGGAUCCAUCUAAAUCCGAGCUCUUGUACUGUUUUUUUUUUUCCUUUUUGGGUUUCAGUAUGGUUUCUUUUGUUGUGAAUGAUACAUUGGGAGUUAUGUGAUGAACAGGAGACUGAGUCUCUGCACGGAGUAAGAAAAGGUCCCAAGCAGGGGAUGGCCGGACAUUCCAUACGGAGAACUAUAACUAACAA